AUGCGUUUGAGGCCUCCUCUCUCUGUCUUUGAGCCCAUGCACCACAUGACAUUUUCCGCGCCGCCGAAUUCGGCACCCCCCUUGUGCGUGGUGGCGUGUGAGCUUGUUUGUGGCGACCGGAGCCAGGCCAUAGCGGCGGCGUCCGCCUUAUACCUCAUGCAUGCAGCCAGCUUCACUCAUGAGCACCUCCCCUUCACGGACAGGCCCAAGCCCAAGCCCAAACCAACUGUCCACAGCGGUUACGGCCCAGACUUUGAGCUUCUCAUCCCGGACGCAAUGGUCCCUUUUGGGUAUUAUGAGCUCUUGGCCAUGUCGGAUGAUCCGGCCCAAGACACUUCGGGUCGGGUCUUGCGGGUUAUGGUGGAGCUCACACGUGCCAUGGGAUCGCAAGGGAUUAUUGAUGGCGAAUACCAAGAUGGCAAGAUGUACGUCAGCCAAUUAGAUGGCAAGGAGUUAGACAAUGUCCAAUCAAUCGACGACAUGUGUCGGAAAAAGGAAAGUCGGCUACACGCGUACGCCGCCGCUUGUGGGGCCAUCGUAGGAGGGGCAAAUGAGGAGGAGAUAGAGAAGUUGAGAAAAUAUGGUCAUUACGUUGGAAUAAUACAAUACAAGGAUAUACAAAUAGACUUGGAAGGAAAGUGAAGGAAAUAGAGAGGGUAGUGGAGCUAAGGUGGAGGAAAUCUCUAGCUUUAUUAGUAUUAUUAUUAGUAUUAUUAUUUCCUAAAAUGGCAUUUGGUGUUGAUGCAACUUGCAAAGAAGAUAGUGGACAUGG